AUGAGGUUUUUAAUUGGAUGCCCAGAAAAUGGUUCUCUUAAAGAAAUCAUUUGUAAUAUUGGUACAGAUUCAUCCAGAAAGGAUUCAUUACAAACAUUUUAUAUAGCAAAUUAUGUUUCAGAAGGUUCGAAGAAUAAAAUUGACAGAUGGCAUUCAUUGAAAAAAGAUGCAAGUAGAAUGAUAAUUACUAGAAACCACGGAGUCAUACAAUUAAUAAGGAGAAAAAACAUUUCAAAGAAGGAUGAUGAAAGGCAAGUUGAAUAUGAUAUAAGUGAAUUUGAAAUGUUGGAUUUUAUAAAUGAUGAUAAUUUAUUAAAUGAUAAGAUUUUAGAACCGCUAUUUAUCAAAUCAAAGAAAAGAACCAAACUGGUCGAUGAAUUUAUUUGUAUUGCCCCAUUAGAUGAGAAUGAAACUAAAUUUCUUGUUGGCACCAAGUCUGGUUUAAUUCAUAUCUUAGCACUAAAUAGUACUUAUACAAGUAUAUCUAAAGUUGUAACACACGAAGUUAAAGCACCCUUGGAAUUUGUUCAACUAUACGAUAAUGACAGUAGUAAUAGUAAAAAUCAUGUCUUUGCUAUUGGCGGUGAAGAAAACUUAAUUAAACUAUAUCAAUUGAAUGAAGAUUUACAAACUUUGUCCAAAAUUUGGGAAGCUAAAAAUGUCAAAAAUGAUAGAUUAGAUAUGAGAAUCCCUGUAUGGCCAAUAUCACUAAAAUUUUUAAAUCCAUGUGAAAAUAUUAAACAAAAGGAUCAAACUAAUUAUCAAUUUGUCACUAUUACAAGAUAUUCCCAUUUAGGGAUAUACCAAACCCAACAUGGUAAAAAACCAUUACAUUACAUAGACCUAUUACCAAACAGAGAACCUUUAACAUCAUUAGAAUUAGUUGAUGAUGAUGUUAAUAAAUUGACACCAUUAGGGAAUUUAAGAUCAUCUGAUAUUACUAAUUUCAAUUUUACUACUACAGACACUAAAAACCAAGUCUUAAAAUACACAAACUCUGGUAGACUAAUCGGAAAGUUUGGUAAAGCUGAUAUAGUAGGUGCAUCUAAUUAUAUUCAUAUCAUCCCAAACAAAAAUUUACUAAUCCAAGUUGGUUUAGAUAGAUAUUUACGUGUAUUUGACGUAAAUUCACUAAAAACUUUGAUUAAAGUAUAUGUUGGAUCUAAAUCCAAUUUUGUAGAAUUAAUAGAUGAAAAUGAUAUUAUGUUACCUGACCCAGCUUCAAAGGACUCUAAUAAAAAAUCCAAAAAUGAUUCAACAAAAAGGACUUCAGAAGCAAUAUAUGAGGAAGAAGAAGAUCCAGAAUUUUUAUGGGAACAAUUAGAGAGAGAGACUAAGAAGGCAAGGAAAUCAAAGUAA